AGCCCGAUGCGGAAGCCCCUCCAUUGCCCUAUGGCACAGCAGUGCCACUGUCAGGUCGAGGGCAUGGUAGCUCUGCGGGUGCCUUGCAGGAAAUGUUCCUCCGUGGCAGUUCGUUGAGGGUCUUGCCCAUGGCAAAUGAGUUUGCGGCGUCCUCUGCCAGUCUCUUUGCGGCGCUGCAGGAGGCUUUUGACUUCCAGGCAGACAGCGUCAAGAAUCAAUACGAACAUUUCCUGUCGCUUCUUCAAGCGCAUUGCUCCAUGGUCGCUGAUCGCUACGUCCAAGAUGAAGAGGAGGUACCAGAGCAGCUGCUGUUGAGCGAAGGCAUUGCAGAGAUCUAUACGGAGCUGUUGGAGGGCUUUUGCACUUGGCGUGAGAACUGCACCGACUCGGACGAUUUGGAGCUCCCUGCUCGGCGGGAGGCUUCUCUGCCGCCCCUGGCGGGUGCACGGUGGAAUCCUCUGCCUGCGAGUUGCUACGAAGGCAAGGCGGACGAGGCCGCAGAUGCCUCCAGGCAGAUGGCAGAGAUUGCGACAUAUUUGUGCGUUUGGGGCGAAGGUGGCAACGUUCGCUUCAUGCCAGAGGUGAUCUACUUCAUCACAGAGCUGGCCCUGGCAGCGGAGGAAGGCACCAUGCCCUAUGGGGGAGUCGCCAGUGCUGCUGGUGGCUCCUACCAGAGUGGCAAGUUCCUGUCGAAGGUCAUCCGGCCAAUCUACAACGUGGUCUUUGAAGAGUGGUACGAAAAGGUGGACAUUGCGGACAACGGGAAGGACAAGAAGAUCCUACACAAGGAUUUCGAGAACUUCCUACCUCCGGAUGUGGCAAACUAUGAUGAUUGGAACGAGCUUUUCUGCGACCCCAAGCGGAUGUCUGAAUCUAUUCUCAUGGAGGAUGGCAGCAUCCUGUUCGACCUGGAACACAAGAAGCGCUUUGCCGCUCUUCACCAGGUCGACUGGGCAGCGAGUUUGAACCGCUUUUUCACCAAAACCCAUCGCGAGGCACGGGGCAUCACGGGGCACGGAUUGCUCUUUGCCCUUGGUCUCACUUUGGCGGUUAAGAACCCUGACCACAUCGACUAUGGGCAUGUAGCUUUGUUGGGGAAUACUUUCCCAACGAGACUGGCGGCCAUUGGGCUGUUAGUGCCAAUGCACGCGAUCAUUUGGGGCUUCGCACGGUAUCACACUACGGGCUCCACUAUUUGUCGGAGGAUCUAUGGGCCUGGCUGCGUGCUGGCCGGUCUGGGCCGCUCGCUGCUUUGGGCUUCGCCACUCUUCACCUACGCCUUGCUGCGCUACAUUGAGCUCAAGGGGGAGAAGAUCUCAAAGAAGGCAGGUCUGGAGAUUGGCCUGGUCUUGGCAGCUCAUACCGUGCUGUCGGUCCUUGGCUUUAUUGCGCACCUCUUCUUCUCAGACAGGACCUACGAUCGGCUCUUUCCCCUAACGCCGGCGCCGACCUUUCUGCUGAUCGUGCGCUACAUCUUUUGGUUUAUGGUCUUUGCUGUGAAGUGGUUGGUGGGCUUCGCAAUCUUCAAUUCUGUCUACAAGUUGAUGCACCAAGAUCUGCAGAUCAUCAUGGUUGGACAGCAAAGUGUCACCGAGAUGCAAUACUCCUGGACGAGCACAGACUGGGGCCAAGACGUCUUGGAAUGGGCCCUGCUGUGGUUUACCACCUUCUUUCUCUUUUGCGCUGAUACUGGGAUGUGGUUUACCCUGGGCUGCACCUUCCUUGGUGUCUCCACGGCCUUUGUCCAACGCUCGUGUGAGGUUUUCACCUUUUGCUUCGAGGAUGCAGUGGCCAAAAUCCCUGAGCGAAUGAGUGAGAAGGUCUUUUGCUUUGUGAAGAGCGCCGUUCAGGGCCGCGAGAUGGCGAGGGAGCUUCCGCUGGUGUGGGAUCGAAUCCUGGAGUACAUGAGAUACGAGGACAAGAUCGGGUACCAGUUCAUGUCGGAUCAGUCCUUCUCCGCGAGCCGCGACGGCCGUGGCACGGCAUGGACCAAUCUGACCCGGUCCAUCCGGGCAGCCAUGACGAGGUCAGCGGAAGAUUCGUCUGGAGCGCAAGUGAAGAUCACAGUGCCCAACAUGUUCCAAGAACAGGGGAUCUGUCAGCGAGCUUUUCUCCACUAUGGCUGCUGUAUCCGCGAUCCCAAUUGGCCCGAGAAUCCAGAAGUCCAAUGGCGCUUGUUGGCUCUGUCUCGUGGCCUUGGUUUGCCCAUUCCCAAGCCCUUCAGAGCUCCGUUCAUCCCGGGCAUCACCGUACUGAUUCCUCACUAUGGAGAGACCAUCCUGGAGAAGAAGGAUUCACUGUUUGGUGGAAGAGAUGAUGAUAUCGUGCCCCUGAUGGACUGGUUGAAAGCUCGUUAUGAGGCUGCGGACGAAUGGCACAACUUUGAUGCACGGAUGCAGGCUAAGAAUAUGGGUGGCCUACAGGCGGGCAGCAACUGGGAUGACUAUUCAGAUGCGCAAUGGGAAAAGAUCUGUGGCUGGUCUUCCAUGAGACUUCAGACUUUGUUCCGGACGGUGGCGGGGAUGAUGCUGUACCACCCGGCCUUGCAAUGCCACUACGAAGUACAGGGCGUGGGCAGGGUCAGAGGGGAGAAGAAGCCGGCUUUGGCGGAUGUUUGGACGCCCAACGACUGCUUCACGUGCAUUGUCUCCAUGCAGCAGUAUGGCAUCCCUGGUGCGGUGAACUAUGGCCACGUGAACAAGAUGUUCUCCAAGUUCCCGAGCAGUUUGAAGGUGGCCUUCAUUGACUUCAAGGAGAAGAACAUCCACGCGGAGGUGGACCGCGUCCACCCGCGUCAGAAGCGCCGCUUCUUCAGCUGCCUCGUGGACGGCCGCUGCGCCGAGGAGCCGGGCGGCCGGCGCAAGGCCAAGUAUCGGGUGGAGCUACCGGGAUAUCCCAUCCUGGGCGAUGGCAAAAGCGACAAUCAGAACCAUGCCAUCAUCUUCUUGCGCGGCAUCUUCAGCCAGUGCAUCGAUGCAAAUCAGGGUGGCUACUUCGAACAGAUGCUGAUGUUGCCCUGCGUCCUGGGCGAGUUCCGCACCAUGGAGCGCGGCGAUGAAGCGGCCAAGCAGAUCAUCGGCCUGCCGGAACACAUCACCAGCGACAUCGGCUCGGUCGGAGACUUCGCGGCGGGCUCGGAGGUGGCCUUCGGUACCAUCCUGCAGCGCACCUACUCGGUGCUGGGGGCGCGCAUGCAUUAUGGACACCCGGACAUCAUGAACAAACAGUAUAUGAUGCAGCAGGGUGGUGUGUCCAAAGCGACCAAAACCAUCAACCUCUCUGAGGACAUCUUUGCCGGGAUGGAUUUUACCCUACGUGGGCAAGGCCGCAGCAUCAAACACUGCGAGUAUUUCCAUGUCGCCAAAGGUCGUGACCUGGGUUUCAACACGGUGCUGGGUUUCUUUUCAAAGUUGUCCAGCGGCGCAGGGGAGCAGAUUUUAACACGGCAGAUGUUCCGUUUGGGGCAGCUUUUGCAUCUGCCUGAAGCGCUCACCUUCUAUUACGCACACGUGGGCUUCUACGUGACGCAGGGAUUGGUGUCGGCAUCUAUGCCCAUCCUGGUCUUUGCUUGGACAGUGGUCUUGGCUGCAGAUUGUGAGGGCACAUUUCAAUCCUUCGAAAACUAUUGCUCUUCCGUUCCGGCUGCAGAGGCCAUGGCCCAGCUGUUGUCCAUUUGGUAUUCCUGGGUGAUUUUCUUGUUCCUCGUGGCCACCUCAAUGCCGCUCUUUGCCGAGAUCUGGAUGGAAAGGAGUUUCAAGGAAGCCGUUUUCAAACUGGGCAAGCAGUACUUGACCUUGUCCUUUCUGAUGUUUGUAUUCCAAGCGAAGAUCAUCGGGUACUACGUGGUGAACGAGCUACGCUAUGGAGGUGCCAAAUACGUGGCCACCGGUCGAGGCUUGCCCACCUACCGCCGUCCCUUCAUCGGCGAGACUGAGCCGGGAACGACGAAGUUGACCAAGGUGGGCGGCUUGUACCUGGACUUCGCCACGUAUGCAUACUACGAUGGCAUGCGGCUCGUGCUCAACUGCAUCGCUGUGCUCUUGCUGGGCGGUGUUUCGGACGCGGGCAUCUCCAACAGCUUGGGCUUCACGUGGCUGGCCAUCGGGAUCACCAUUGUCUCGUGGCUGUACGGACCCUUUGUCUUCAACCCGUACCAGUUCGACCUGGACGAGGUCAAGGGAGAUAUGAGGGCCUGGGUUGGCUUCUUCCUGGAAGACAGCGGUAAAUGGUGGGUCGACAACUACCAGAAGACUCAGCUCAAGGCCUCCAAAGGUUUCCGAGAAUCGGUCAUCGGUGUAAACUUUUUGAUUUCCAUCUUCUGCUUGGCUGUGUGGUUUGCCAUCGUGACACACAAGCUGCACCUGCUGAAUGUCAUCUACUCGGCGUACCCCAGCCUGGAGACCCUGAGCAUAAUGUCGCUGGUACCACCCGUAGGCGCCGGGCUUCUGUACUGCUUGGUGGUGAGCGGUUUGGAGAGCAUCUUGGGCUGCCCCAGGUCAGUCCCGAUGACGACAGCAAAAAAGACGCGAGCAGUUGAUUUGGAGGAAUCCACCUCCUCCAGCGAUGAGGACGGGGGCGCCGGCGCUGCGUCUGAUGAUGGUGUCCCAGCCCAUGACCGGAUGACGGACACGGUCAUUGCCCGGGAUAGCAGUGACGAGGAGGAGGAGCGGGGCUGCAAAUUGCCAGAGGCAGUGCCCUUGUCCGUCUCAGCCCUUCUGGUGACUGGGAUCCAAGUGAUCGAAGCUGUAAUCCCCAUCUAUGCGGCUUUCCGUCCCCUCUCUGGACAGCAAGGGCUGGGAUGGGGUAAAACCUUUGUCGCCGGCAUGAUCUUGAAAUACCUCCUUUAUGAGGUCUUCUUAUUCCUGGCUGAGGGAGUUUUGCGCUCCAGAUGUUGGGAUCGGGUUGGAGGCUUCCUGCAAUUCUUGAGCUUGUGGGUUCAUGCCAAUCGCAUGUUCAGGGAUAUGUUCAUCUCAGGCUUCAUCCUGGCAACGCUGUUUCCCUUCGUCUUGCUGGAUACCUUGAACGCCAUGCUUUGUCGCGGGUGCAGCCUUCACAACUUGUUGAUCUACCGCGAUCCUGGACACCUGGCUAAAGAGGCAGCUGUCAUUCACUACACUGCGGAAGAAUCAGAAGAAGACGAGGAACGCGCAGGGGGAAGGCAGCAACCCUUCCGGACGGACACCCGAAGCGCUCGGACGCCCACCCGCGCAGGAUUCUUCGGGAGCUUCCGGACCCGGACGCCGCCGCGAACGCCGCCGCCACCGGCGGCGCCACUGGCGGUGCCGUCACUACCACCGCCCACAACGACGUUCAGAUGACGCGAAAGUCAGAGUCUGAAACAGCGGACAGGGACAGCCCCUCCGGGGUCGCGCUGAAUUUGACAGAUUUCAUGUGAUACCAUGA